GAUGCGCUCCCGGAAGUUCCGGCGGGGCCAUCGCUGUGUGGGGUAAACAGUAAUGGCGGAGGCUGCGGUGGCCCCCGGUGGUGGCGGCGGCGGAACAGCGGGAGCCGCAGCCCCGGCGGCUGUCACGGCUUGCAGCCCUUCCAGCGCUGACGCCUCCGCCGCCACCAUCACCACCACGGCCUCCAGCCUCCCCACAGCCGAGCCCCAGCCACCGCCGGCCGGAGCCGGAGGGGGGAGCAGCGGUUGUUGGACUAAGCAGGUCGCCUGCAGGUAUUUCAUGCAUGGCGUUUGCAAGGAAGGGGACAACUGCCGUUACUCCCAUGAUCUCUACACUAGUCAGUCUGCCAUGGUGUGCAGGUAUUUUCAGCGAGGAUGCUGUGCUUACGGAGAUCGUUGCAGAUACGAACAUACCAAGCCAUUGAAAAGGGAAGAAGUGACUACUGUGAGUCCAGCUGCAAAAACCUAUCCGUCAGCUUCCACAGAUGUGAACCCAUCCCCUGGAACACUUGAAGUAAGCACUGGUGAGGCUGAAGUUGAAGACAAAGACCUGGCAGCUACAGGAGCCGGGGCUGAAGAUUGGGUGAACGCUGUGGAGUUUGUUCCUGGGCAGCCGUACUGUGGCCGUGCUGCUCCUUCCUGCACUGAAGCACCCUUGCAGGGAAUGGUAAUUGAAGAAGAAUAUGAAAAACAGCAAACAAAUUUGGAGAUGAAGAAGCAACUAUGUCCCUACGCUGCAGUAGGAGAAUGCCGUUAUGGAGAAAACUGUGUCUAUAUCCAUGGAGAUGUGUGCGACAUGUGUGGCUUGCAGGUUCUCCAUCCUGCGGAUGCAGCGCAGCGAUCUUUACACAUAAAGUCUUGCAUUGAGGCUCACGAGAAGGACAUGGAGCUCUCGUUUGCUGUCCAGCGUAGCAAAGACAUGGUGUGUGGGAUCUGCAUGGAGGUGGUAUAUGAGAAAGCCAACCCCAGCGAGCGCCGCUUUGGGAUCCUCUCCAACUGCAAUCACACUUACUGUCUCAAGUGCAUCCGCAAGUGGAGGAGCGCUAAGCAAUUUGAGAGCAAGAUCAUAAAGUCCUGCCCAGAAUGUCGGAUCACAUCUAACUUUGUCAUUCCAAGUGAGUACUGGGUGGAGGAGAAGGAAGAGAAGCAGAAACUCAUUCAGAAAUACAAGGAGGCAAUGAGCAACAAGCCAUGCAGGUAUUUUGAUGAAGGCCGUGGGAGCUGCCCAUUUGGAGGGAACUGUUUUUACAAACACGCAUAUCCCGAUGGCCGCCGAGAGGAGCCCCAGAGGCAGAAAGUGGGGACUUCAAGUAGAUACAGAGCCCAGCGGAGAAACCGGUUUUGGGAGUUCAUCGAAGAGAGGGAGGGGAGCGAUCCCUUUGAGACCGACGAGGAUGAGGUGGUGACCUUCGAACUGGGCGAGAUGCUGCUCAUGUUGUUGGCGGCAGGAGGCGACGAUGACCUGACAGACUCCGAGGACGAAUGGGACUUGUUUCACGACGAGCUGGAAGACUAUUACGACUUGGAUCUAUAGCACCUCUUCCUGGAGUUUGGACUGUCUGCUCGGUUUCCAGGCAGUAGCCCUUUUCCUGUGGUGUUGUGGCAGUGCCUGUGUUUUUUCCCCUCCUCCUAGGCAGGCCUAUCCAUUCCAGGUGCUGCUGUUGUAAUAACUUUUUACCCAGGGUCUGUCUCCUUCCCUGCCCCCCCUUCUCGCUCCCCACCCAGUCCCAGGAGUGUGUGUUUUCUUCUCUAUUAAACAAAACAACAACGAAAUAAACCUUUAAAACGUUAGUUUUUGUGAAGACGAAUUUAACUGUCAGACAGUUAGAUUAGACUUGUUGCUUCAUAUCUGUGUUCCUGACAGGAUUCACCCAGUUCCAGGGUUCAAGUGUUUACAGGACUUCCGCACUCACUCUUGAAGAGCCCAGAUACAAACACGAGAGCAGCGGCCGUGCAGUGGGGAGGGAGGGACGGGCGGAUUUUGGGCCCCAGCCUCUUUCCACUACAGACUUUGGAAACCAAUGUUUUUCUACUUCAGAUUUUAGGCCAGCGAUGUGUUUUCUUGGCUGGCUUCAGCUCCAUUCCAACUCCUCUCAUGUACACGUGCUCAUUUGUGGUUUUGGUCUCUUGUUUACUUGCACAUUACUAUUUACUACUGUGUAACCAGAACCAGGCGCGAAUGUUCCGGGUUUUUACUGUUUGGCAUGAAAGGCAAACGUGUUUGUGUGUGAAAGGAGAACUUUCUAUGUAUGUAUAUACAAAUAAAAUGCAGAGUUGUAUCCCAAGGGCUGGGCAACUUGGUAUAUGUGUGUAUUAACCCUUUCACUCCCUGAUUCUUCUCUCAUCACCUCUUUACACACACACCCUUAUCGGUGCAGGAUGUCCAACAUCCAACUGGAUUUUGAAUCAAAACGUUAUGGUCUCAGCCGAUUCUGCGGAAAUGGCCAUUAAACCGACUACUUUAACUUGGUGGUAGGCACCCCUUUAAUGACACUUUUCUCUUCCCAGCCACCUUUCCACUCCUUUUUGGGUGUAUCUGAAUUACCCAGAUAAUAGAAUAGGGUUAGUCAAAGAGAGUUCAGACCAAACUCUUACCCAGUUAGGGCACCACCAUAUUGGUAUCCUUAAUUCAUCUUUGCAAAAGUUGUAGCUCAUCAGUAAGAAUCGAGCGGGGAGUUUAUCUAUGAAAACCCCUUCUGUUUCUCAGUGAAAAGGUUCCUAGUUGCCUCCCACAAUACCUGAACUGAGCGAUUGGCUGUACAACAUGCAUGCGACUAGUUUAUCCAUAGAACAAGCAGCUGCACAAUUAACCAAGCUCCAGUUCUGCUGUGAAGAACCCCAGGUGCCACCAAAGCCUCUUUCCUUUUCCUUUGCCAUCUCUCCCCCUCCCCAACUUUCAAUGGAAUUUUAACUUUCCAUUACAUUUAAUGCUGCUGGAUUGUCCUUGAAUUGUUCUGCUUCUGUCCUUUAGAUUGCGUCUCUUUUCACUUUUAAAUGGAAUCAAAAAUUGUUGCUGAAGUCUGUGUUACUUUGCAGCUGCCUUUUGUAAGAAGCACUUUUCCCAAAUAAAAAAAAAGCAAAUUCGUU